AUGGAACAUAUGUGGGGUAGUCCUAUGCCCCCUGAUCUGUCUGAAGAACAAGUGCACACUUCUCCCACCUUAUACACGUGGAUGAACACAUCUUUCGCAUGCCCUGGUUGGCGGGCAGGCAAUAUUACAAAGGUUUCCAGUGAUAUCACUCUACAUCAAGCUGACUGGAAGUUGCCAAGAGAACAUCUUCGUCGUCUAUUUCAAGAAGGCAGUUCACGCGAAAAGCUCUGGAUUCAUGCACUGAAUUCAUUGUAUCGUCACUGGUGUGAUAUCUUGGGACCGCUUUAUAGUGAUGCCAACGUCAUGAAAUCAAACCCCGAAGACUCUACACAGCGUCGCCCACAACCACUCAUUGAUAUGUUCACAGCGCAAUCACAGAGUCUCAGAAUGAAAAAAAUUGACGAGAUUGCCCAGACUCUCUCUCCACACAACAUAUUUACAAAGAUGAAUGGAGAUUUUCUCGAGAGCAACGGGGAGAAUGCGAGCCUGCUUGCUUCUACCAUGAGUGUUAUCAUAUGGGCUCAUACUGUUAUUUUUGAACGUGGAAUAGCUGAAAUCGCCUUUUCAGAGGUUCUUUACGACAGAAAGUUUGCCACAUUUGAAGAUGGAACUCUAGUUUUAGUGCCAGUAACAGCUAUGAUAGGAGAUGUUGUUUGUUGGCUCCGUCCCGAUCUAACCACCCCUUUUGUUCUUCGGGAAAAAGCUGAGCCACCUGCAGUUUCGGAAAACACGAUUAAAGAUCUUGAUCGCCCAAGUUUGAGAGAUUCUGAGCCUGCGUAUUCCAAAUAUACCUUCGUGGGCGAAUGUCACAUCGACACUCCGAUCUACAGUACCGUUUAG